AUGGCGAAUUCAGACACAGUUAUGCUCGUAAUCAGAUCCUCUCGGCCACAGUUUCGCAACAACCGCGACAAGGUAGCCUUCGUAGUCCACGCUUCUUUCAUCUCCUCAGGUUACAAGCUCGUCGCUACAGGACGCCCUGCGCUCGCCGAAGACGCUCUCUCCUCCUCUCCUUCCCAAGGAGAGGUUGGGAUUGAGGGGUGGAACGAGUUCGAGGAGUACGCGUUUGUGUAUGCGAAGAAAGGAUCGAAGAAGAUUCUGGUUAAGUGCUUGGUGAUUGAUGAUAAGGUUCUUGUUGAUGCUAUAGCUGAAGGUGGAAGAGAGCCUGCUCAUCUCGAGAUUGAUGUUGAGAAGUAUGUUGCUGAGUCGAGCGAGGAGGGUGAUUACGAUGCACAGUUCAAGAAUUUGGAGAAGUUAGUUACUGAUUUGCAGAAUCAGAUACUGUACAAGGUUGAUGAAGGGCUUAAACCUGUUCCUCCUACUACGACUCGGUCAAGAUCGGAGACAAAUGAAGAGCCUGAGGCUGGAUAUUACGUAGGAAGGCCUGUUCCAUUAGGUCCUCAGAUUCACCCCUCAGGGGUGGUAGUUCCUCCUAUACCCGGCCCAGGUUACAGCGAUCUCAUCCCUGGCCCAGGUGCUGGAGUAUACCCGGUCAGGGGUGGUUUUGGCGAUGGAAGCAUGCUUAUAGGACCCAAUGAUCCUCGCAUGUUCCCCGGGAUUGGUGAUCAACCUGACUUCAUGGGACUACCACAACCGGGUGUGCCACCUCCUGGUGCACGCUAUGAUCCUAUUGGCCCUGGUUUUGAGCCAGGCCGGUUAGGAAGGCAACCUCCAAGGAGGCCAGGGGAUAUUCAUCCAGAUCUUCAGCAUUUUCCCCGCGGUUUUGGUUCAGAUUAUAUCUAG